AUGGAAAAACUGGGGAUCUACAAGUAUCUUGAGAGGUCUUUUUCAGACUUUAAGCAGAGAGGCUUUGUUGUUGGCUAUGACACACGAGGUCAGGAGAUCAGCAACUGCAGCAGUAAGAAGCUUGCCAAGCUCACUGCAGCUGUCCUGCUGGCUAAGGAUGUCCCUGUCUACUUCUUUUCCACCUAUGUCCCCACACCAUUUGUGCCCUAUGCUGUUCAGCAGCUGAAAGCUGUGGCUGGGGUGAUGAUCACAGCAUCCCACAACAGGAAGGAGGACAAUGGGUACAAGGUCUACUGGGAAAAUGGAGCACAGAUCACCUCUCCUCAUGAUAAGGAAAUCAUAAAAUGUAUAGAAGAGUGUGUGGAACCAUGGAAUGGCUCUUGGAAUGAGAAUUUAGUAGACACCAGUCCCCUGAGACAGGAUCCUCUGAAGAAAAUUUGUGAUUGUUACAUGGAGGAUCUGAAAAAGAUCUGUUAUCACAGGGACCUGAACAUGCAAACAAAUUUGAAGUUUGUUCAUACCUCCUUCCAUGGAGUGGGACAUGACUACGUGCAGUUGGCUUUCCAAGCUUUUGGCUUUCAACCCCCCAUUCCAGUACCUGAACAAAAAGAUCCAGACCCAGACUUCUCCACUGUCAAAUGCCCAAACCCUGAGGAAGGAGAAUGUGUGCUGGAGUUGUCACUGAGGCUUGCAGAGAAAGAAAAUGCUAGAGUAGUAGUGGCCACUGAUCCAGAUGCAGACAGACUAGCAGUGGCAGAACAGCAGGAGAAUGGCUGCUGGAAAGUGUUCACUGGCAACGAGCUUGCAGCUUUGUUUGGCUGGUGGAUGUUUUCUUCUUGGAAGGAAAACUGUCCUGAAGAUGCUGAUGUGAAGAAUGUUUACAUGUUGGCCACCACAGUCUCCUCCAAAAUUCUGAGGGCAAUUGCACUGAAAGAGGGAUUUCACUUUGAAGAAACACUCCCUGGUUUUAAAUGGAUUGGAAGUAGAGUGAAAGAUCUGCUAGAUAAUGGGAAAGAAGUUCUCUUUGCCUUUGAAGAGUCUAUUGGCUUCAUGUGUGGCACAUCAGUGCUGGAUAAAGAUGGUGUAAGUGCAGCUGUGGUCAUAGCUGAAAUGGCAACCUACCUGGAGGGCCAAAACCUAACACUAGCACAGAAACUCAUUGAGAUAUAUGAAAAGUAUGGAUAUCACAUAUCAAAGACUUCUUAUUUCUUGUGCUAUGAUCCUCCUACCAUCAAAAGGAUAUUUGAGAGGCUUCGGAACUUUGAUACCCCUCAGUCUUAUCCCAGGUUUUGUGGUGUUUACAAUAUCUUACAUGUAAGAGAUAUCACCACGGGCUAUGACAGCAGCCAACCCAAUCAGAAGUCGGUGCUGCCAGUGAGUAAAAGCAGCCAGAUGAUCACUUUCACUUUCCAAAAUGGUUGUGUUGCCACCCUUAGGACCAGCGGGACGGAACCAAAGAUCAAAUACUACGCAGAGAUGUGUGCAGUGCCUGAGCAGAGUGACAGAGCCAAGCUGGAAGAAGAACUUCAGAAGCUGAUUGAAGCUUUGAUUGAGAAUUUUCUGGAGCCUGAUAAGAAUGGACUCAUCUGGCGUUCUGCUUAGGUCUCCUCAAAGUGAAGUGCAGAGAAAGUGUCCCCAGGGCACAAAGGAACCAAGAAGAGAACUCAGUUCCAUUUCUGAGUGUGUGGGUAUGCAUGGUAAACAGCUACAUUUUUAUUCUAGAAAGAAGAAGCAUUCUUUUUGUCAGGUUGAUUUACCAAAGCCCAGGCUAAAAAAAAAUGGGAUAAGAAGAAGGAAGGAAGAGAAAAAAAGAGGGAAUUUAUCAAUUUCCUGGCUUUUUGACCAAAAGAUCCAGCAAGAAUUGAACUGCUAGAGUGGUUUUAAAACAGCUGAUCACAGAUCUUCUCUUAAAUUCAUUUCAGGUUCCCUUCUGUGUGAAAAGGUUGGAAAUUUGGGUAGGGGGAGUAUUUUGAAGGAAGAAAUUGCUCCAAACUGACAAAAAAAAAAACAAAAAACACACACAAAAAAAAAAACCCCUUUUGCUUCUUCCUAGCUGUUGUGUGUGAGUUCAGGUAUCCUUGUUACAGGUCUUAAUUUCCAAAACUGUUGAAGUAGAGCUCAGUGCUUAGCAUUUCUUCUUUAGGUGAGUUGUUCAAGAGGACAAUUUUCAGCUGCUUGAGUAGCCUGCUGAUGUUUAAAGGUGCUCUUGGUGCUUUGUAGCUUUCCUGUGUGGAUCUUAAAUUUCCCUGACACUGAAACACUGGUGGCAACACGUGCAGUUCCACUUGCAGGCUGGGUUUUUAAUUCCCUUGCUGCUUUUCCAAGGCUUCCAAAGGAAUAAAAACAUCUUCAUUCCUUGAAAUUGCCCAUUCUAACUACCACAGGGUUUAUUUUUGCCUCACUUCUCUGAAGUAUUUUAUUUUUAUUUAAAUAAAAGCUUCAGCAAUUCAAUAACUGGUGUAAAAAUUCCAAUUAGUGACUUUUGGUUUUGAUGGCUUGAAUUCCUACUCUCUCUUUUAAUAAAUAAUAAUAAUAAAUAAUAAUAAUUCCUCCACUGUUUUAACAAGCAGACAAUGGAGGUGAGACAGUGACAUCCUUAAUUUAGUUAUUUUUCUGCUAAAAUCCUUUUUGUCUGUGUCACAUCUUGUAAACUGAUAGGUAGCAGUUUGCAAACCUUAUUAUUCUUUAGGGCAAAUUUUAAAUUACUUCCCAAUAUCUGCUUCCUACCUUUGCUUAGGCAGAAAGUGAAACAGUUGAUCACUUUUUAUGAAAAACCAGACCAAUACAGAAAUUCUUAUGUAAAUACUUGGGAUUUCAGACAAUAAAACCCAUGUUUUAGCCCAGAAAAUAAUAACCCUGCUUAUUAGUGAACUGAGAAUAAUUCUUUUUCAUGUGUGCUUCCUUCAGAAUUGUGGUCUGGCCAUCUCCCAGCUCUCACUUUACAGUGAUUACAUAAAAAAAAAAGACAGAAAACAGCACUUUUAAUAUUAAAAGUUCCAUGGGAAGAGCCCAGGAAGCCCUGAAGUGAAAGCUGUUGUCUUGCCACUCUUGUUAAAUCUCUGUUUUGCCUUCAUCUUAUUAUAACCCUUAGAGCUUGAUGCCAUAGGAUUGCUCAGAGUGUGGUUUUGUGUGUGUUGCAUCUUAGGUGGCUUUAAAAAGCACCAAAGUUUCUGUGUCUGGUGUUUUUUUUUGGGGGGGUUUUGGGUCUUUCAUGCUGACAGAAGCUUUGCACUAUAACCAUGGAAAAGUAUUUUGCUGUCUUAUGAAUGUACAUGGACUGCAGAAGGGUCUGUGCUGCACAGGUAUUUAUUUAUUGUUAUUUUUUUUUUAAUUAUUAUUAUUAUUUUCAGAGAAAAACAGUUCCCAAUUUGCUUUGCAACUGAGUGGAAUGAACCUAAUGCCAAAAAUAUAUAUUUUUUUUUUUUUUUAAAUCUGUACAUUUGACUGAAACAGUGGGGAAAAUGGGUUAAAAGCAUUAAAAUAUCCUCAUUUAUUGUACAGGGCUGGAAGGGAUGGAGGCAUUUCUGAGUGCUGCUUUGUUCUCAGUUUUCACCCAACAAAUGCAGGUCUGCAUCCUGACUGCAAGGAAUUGGAAGAUUUAUUCCACUGAAACCUUAAAUGGUUUGGAUUUUGGUUUUAAAUAGCCUGCUAGGAGCUCAGAGGAAAACAAGGGACUUGGAGGAGAGUUUUGAGCAAAGGUAAACACUGUAAAAAAGCAAAGUGUGUGUGAUGAGGCCAGCUGGGUGUUUAUUGUAGCAGCUCCUUUUAGGAAUCACAUCCUGGGAGUUCUGUUUCUGCAGGAAUCUGCAACUUCCCAGGAAUAAAAUAAAAAAUAAUAAUAAAAAAGAAAGGCAAGUGUUACAAAUGCAGGCAAAACAUGAUUAUGUUUUCAAGGCAGCAUUCUUAGAAGUCAAUCACUGUUCAUGGGCUAAAUGUCUUUAAAAAUUAUU